CCAAGCUAAAUUAACAAAGCACUGAGCUGAAUUGUGGCGUGCCGUUUCGAGAGCUUGUAUUCGUUUAUUUGAUUGAGCAAACGGGAAUCCAGAUUAAUUUUGGAAGACGAAUACGUUGUCUUGAAAUAGUUUACUAUUAUUUUGUCAUUUCCGCAACAUAAUAAAAAGGUUACAUCAUGCUUCAGGAAGAAGAUUUUGAGUCAGACACCAGCGAUGAAGAUUUUGUUCCCGAUGGAGUGGAAAGUGACCAUGAUGAUCUUGACAGUGGAAAUGAUGAGGUUGAGGAGUUGAAUGCAGAUGAUGAGUCACAGUCUAAGAAAGUUCGGAAAAAAAAGGGUACCAAGAAGAAGAAAAACCCUUUACUAGCAGAUUUAGAGGAGCCAAAAGAAACACAUUUGGUGGAAGCUGAUAGUAAAGGAGAGGACAAUAAAGCCAAAGAAGAUGAUCUUUGGGCAGAUUUUUUAGCUGAUGUUGAUGAACCUACACCAGCACCCAAAGCAAAACCCUCUGGUUGGGCAUCAUUACUAGGGAACAAAAAGGCACCAAGCAGCUCAAAUUUGGUUGCAGCAAACUCGUCUCCAGUUGUACCAGCUAAAAUACAAGCCAAAGCUGAGGAGGCCCCUGCAAAAUCAAAUAAAGUCAAAAUAACUAAAGUUUUUGAAUUUGCUGGAGAAGAAGUAAGAGUGGAGAAAGAAGUUGAUGCAAAUUCUGCUGAAGCUGAGGUAGCAUUAGGUAAUUCAUCAAGUGAACCAGUUAAGGAAACUAACAAAGGGACCAAACGUCCAGGUGGAUUUUCAAGUAUAUUAGGAAUGAUUGAUAAGAAGAAGCAAAAGCUUACAACUCUAGAAAAGACCAAAUUAGAUUGGAAUAACUUUAAGGCAGUCGAAGGUAUAGAUGAAGAGCUUGAAAGCCAUAAGAAGAGUAAGGAUGGAUACUUGGAGAAGCAGGACUUUUUAGAAAGGGCAGACCUCAGGCAGUUUGAGAUUGAGCGUGCAAUGAGAAUGAACAAAAGAUCAAACAGAUGAAUGAUACCAAAGAUAUGCAAGAGGUAGUUUUAUUCAGCAGGAUAUGGCAUUUUUUUACUAUAUUUUUCCGUUUGUUACUAAAAUACUUUAAUAUGUAUGCUAUUUAUAAAUACAGACUGUCAAUCAUAUUAAUAUAGAAAUGGCUUAUGUUCUUAUGGAAAACAAUUUUCUUAAACAUUCCUUGUGAGUAUGCCUUUAGGAAAUUUAGCUGUCUAAAAUGAGUGUGUAUGCUAUUGUUUGAUUUUCCAUUUGUUAUACUUUAGAAAAGCAUAUCAGGUGCAACAUGCCAAGUACUAUGGUACGGUGUUGAAAUGACAAAUUUUCUAAGACAAUUUGUAUUUUUCAUAGCUACAAACCUGAGGUCUUAACAAUAGGAAAAUUUCUAGCACCCAGUUAGAUCCGGUUUAAAAGCAGAUGAAAGCGAGGAAUCUUGUGAUAUCUGGCAACGCAACACACACACUAAACACAAGCGAAACGGGCAAUGAACCGGGAAAAGGCCAAGAGAGGUUAACACGACUCUCGCCCAGGUGGUCAAAGAAAAGACUGAUGUACUGGCGUAGUUGCGUGGUCCUUGACCGCUCUUCACCCGAGCUAUGCAUGCGUUGCCAAAUAUCACAAGAUUCCUUGCUUUCAUCUGCUUUUUAACUGGAUCCAGCUAGGCGCUAGAAAUUAUACUAUUGUUAAGACCGAAGGUUUGUUCGCGUGAACAAAAUGUUUUUAUAGAUUUGCACUAUUGUGAUCUUCAUUAAAAUUUUUGUGACAUUAUUCCUCUUCAAGGGUUAGAUGUAGGUAGAGAUCUCUCAGUUACUUCAAGAGCUUAUAUGUAAAGGUAUUUAAAGCUAUGCCAAAGUAAUUUAAGACUUUGGCAAUUAAUAAAUGUGCUGGUCACUUACAUGGUAUUUUUAGUAACUAAAAAUGCACUACUGUAUUUACUCAGUUUUGUACAGUAUAUGUCAACUAGUUUGAAUUAUUAACAUUUACGGGAAUAUUGAAACUUGAAAUGGUAGUGUGAAGUUGGGCAAGUAAGAAGACCGUCACCAACAUUUUGUCAAAUUGUACCCAUGAAGGAAUUAUUAGUAGUAUACUGUAUAUUGCAUUUGGUAGUGUUUCAUGGCCAGAUACAUUAUUUUUUAUAACGUAGAAUAAGAAAAAUUUUAUUUUUAUUAGCUCUCUUGGCCUGUCAUAUGUUUUGUAAAUAAAGUAUCUUGUAAAAAAUAGUGUGUGGCAAGAUCUUGUGUAAUUUGCUAAAAUCUGUUUAUCAUGAACCCAUUAAUCUGAAAUAGCUAUAUUCCAUGCAAUGGUUCUCAUAAGUUGUUGAUUAUUGUUAUUUAGUUUAAUCAGACAACUGAGCAAAUUUAUAUGAUUUAAUUUAUUAAGUUAAAGCAUAUAAUUUCUUCAUAAUUGGUUGGAAAUGUGUUACAAGCUGCACCUCCAAGAUUACCAUCUUUGCAUUUUAUAUAAUCAAUUGUGAAUUUUUGUUUUAUUUAGCAAGUGAUUUUAGCUAAGCAAGUGGCAUCAUUGCUACCUUAUGUUUACUGUUAGUAUGUCCCUUGUUCCAAUAAUUAAUUUACGUCAUUCCUUAGGGGCUCCUUAUUCAGGUCUUCACUUUUGUUACCACAGGUGUACAAUUUUUUCUGAAAGAAUUUCCAUAACUAAAUUUUUUACCAUUUUGUAGGUUUUUUCCUCACCAGUUUCAGUUUCACAGUAGUUGCUAUAGUAGAUUUACAUCGCCUGUGCAUCUGAUGCCAAGGCCAGUCCCUUACGAUGCUUCAGGUUGGCUGUUGAUAAGCCAGUCGCUGGGUCUCUCGAGAGAGUUCACACAGGCAGGAUGUACCAUGCUCCACCUCUCCUGAGGGAAGGCGUAUUCCUCAGGAGAGGUGGAACACAUCCUGCCUAUGUGAACUCUCGAGAGCGACUGAGAGUUUCCAGCACUGUGAUUGACUUAUCAACAGCCAAUCAAGAGCGGCGUAAAGGACUGUCCUAGGCAUCAGAUGCACGGGUGAUGUGAAUUUACUAUAGUUAUCAGUCUUAAUUUUUAUUGUUGAUGUUGAUUAAAGGUUAUCUUUUCUUUAAUGCUGAGCACUUAUUUUGUUAUCCAUUCUCAUUAUUUGUGCCAGCAUAUUUACAGGUAUGUUAUUACCUUAUAUUUUUUGGAGAAGAGUGCUUUUAUUUUCAAAAAUUAAACAGGCUACCACUACGUUUAUAAUAAUGAUGACUUAAAGUAAAGGUUGUUUUGCUUGUUGCAAUUACAGUAUAUUAUUAUUGUAUUGUUACUGUGUUACAAAAUAUAAACAUCGUCAUGUUUGUAAUUUGCAUUUGAUAUUGUUUACAUUCUCAAAAUCUCGGCUGAUUUGAGUACGUAUUAUCAAUAUCUACAUUCCCAUUAUUUGUUAGAAGAGAUAUAAUUCAGAUAUAUCUUUUAUUGUAAAUUAAUGAAGUUUGGUUGAAAACAUGCACAGAUUACCUCAUUGUAUAAGCAUGAGUUGCGAUUUCUCCAGUUCCGAAUAGCACUUCCACCUGGCCGUUAUUAGUUUUAGUCAGCCUCGGCUAUAACCUGCACCUUCAAUUUACUAGUAUUCCUUCUUGAGAUCACUGCAUAAGGGAUGAACAGAAAUGAAUUUUAUUUUUAUUUAUAGAAGCCACCAUUGAGAAUCAGCAGGUUUAAUAACUUGACAAUUUUAAUGGAACUCUUAAUAAACGCUCAAUAGUUACAGUAAAUGACGUCAGUAAUCGGCCUCAAUUUGGUUGUUUAUGUUAAUACAUGAUACAAUAAUCGCUUCAUCCACAAUUCCAAAAACCGGAAUUUUUUUGUGGAGGAACUAAUGCUAGCAUAAAUUUUCAAUUGUUUGACUGCCACAGGUAGAAAGCUCGUAGCUAUAUAAUUACUGGGCAAGUAUAUACAAAAUCUUAUCUUA